CUAUGCACUAGCAUGCGAUGCCAUAUAUUUGACGCAGUUUGAGAGAUCAUCCCGGACUUUGCCCCCUCUGCUGUAGCUGAGACGUCCCUGGGAGACAUAGUCUUAUUGUUCUAUGAUGUUUCUGACACUGAGACAGUCAGAGCCUUGUCCCAGUCUCUAGACCUGCCUGUCUGUGUGGUGGAUGACCUCCUGCCCUCUGAAGCUGUCAAUGAGAUGGAGCAGAGCAAUUCUGCCAGGAGCAGAGCAACCUCAGUGACGGAAACCACAGAAGAGGGGAAGCUCAACAGUGUGGAAGAUCUGACACUUAUGGACUUCCUUCAAAACCUAACUGAGAAGCAAUGGAGGGGGAUUCGUGAGGGCAUGUUUGACCCGCUGACAAAACAACAGCUUGCCGGCUUGUGUCUGAGGAUUGACCAGUUUUUAUCGGACAAGCUGAUGCAGAUCAUCAUCCCAGGUCUUUACGAACUACUGGGCAUCCAAGAUGCUGCCUCCUCUCAAUUGUCACAGAGAUCUCUCACAGCGUCACUCACCAGCCUGUUAGACGAUAGGGCUAACACCAAGUCCCGCGUGAGAUUUACUGAGGCUGGUGUACCUAAGAGGCCAGGCAGACGAAAGUCUUACAAUAGCUUUCGCAUCCCGACUCCCUACCCUUCCUCCAACUGUAUGGAGCUAAAAGAGGAAGAAGAGCAGGAAUCACAACAACUUAAGUUCAAGGAGUUUUACCUGACUAAGGAGAUGGGCAGUCUGGGCAGUGGAAGCUACCUGCCCAAGGGGGCCAUGAGGUCUCAAACCUCUCUGUCUGAGGUGCAGAAGAAAACAACCAACUCUGAGUCGCUACAUGUCCUUUUAGGUCUCUCAGAGGACACCCUCGUCACCUGUGUGCAGGACAGCCUGCAAGGUUCUCUCUCCAAACUUGCGUGCAUGUCCGAUUCUCCAUCUGGAAGUGCAGGCUCUAUGAUGCUAAUCUCUGCUGUAAUGGCAGAGUUGGCUAAAGAUGUCAAGUCGGCCGUAUCACUGGGGAGACUCGGAGACCAAGGUGACUGA